CGUCAGUCAAUCAGUUUACAAGUCGAACAAUAAACGUUUCUAAAAUGAGAGCUUCGCUACUGAUCUGUGCCCUGAUUGUGGCCUGCCUUGCUCCUGGCAUCCUGGCCACCCGCACCAUGGAUCGCUGCUCCUUGGCCCGAGAGAUGGCCAACCAUCGUGUUCCCCGGGAUCAGCUGGCCCGCUGGGCCUGCAUCGCCGACAAUCAGAGCAACUUCCACACCGACGCGGUGAGCCCCACGAAUGAUAAGGGCUUCCGGAAUUACGGGAUCUUCCAGAUCAGCAAUGAGUAUUGGUGCUAUUCGAAGGAUCAGGCUGCCAGGGAGGUCGAGUGCAAGGUGAAGUGUGAGGCCUUCUUGGAAGAUGACAUUACCCACUCCGUGCUCUGUGCCAAGAAGAUCCUGGAGAAGCAGGGCUGGUCCGCUUGGCCAGGGUGCACUGGCUCGCUGCCAUCGAUCGACAACUGUUUCUAAUGUCCCAAAUGUUUCAAAUAUCGUGCAUGCAUAUACUUAUGUAAAAUAAUUAUAUAAAUCCUCGAGGAUUGAACAACCAAUAAAGAUUUCUCUUAAUGAGGGA